AUGGUCCAGUUUUCAUUUAUCCGACCUUUGGAAAGCAUUGUUGGGUACGAAGCUGCUGAUCGCGUUGAGGAUGCUGCAUCCGAUUUCCGGGACAACGUGGACUUUGCGAUUGUCUUCCGCCAGAUAUUAGAGGAUGAAGGUCUUGUCUUACCCGAAAUAUGGGAUGAGGGUCGGAGAAGAGGACUGAUCAGGUCCAGCCCUGACAUCGUCAAAUCAGCGUUCAAGAUGGCAGGGUGGUUUUGCGGGAUCCUCUCGGUCAAAGCUGUCUACUUGUCGGCCCAGAAAAUACCAUUUUCCAAAUACGGGAAACGCAGGAGGGAGGAAAAGUCCCGGCAGAAGGCGUUCAGAGAACUUUUCAUCAAACCAGCGAUAGAACAGCCGGUCAGCUUGGAAAUACCGUCGACUUCGUCAGCUGAAACAGGUGGCUUCUUUCGCCUCCCACCUGAAUUACGAACCAAGAUCCUAGUUUGCGCCUUUGGUCAGCGAACAUUGCACAUGAGCCUGGAGUACCAGCACCCUUUAUAUGUCCCCCAUGAAAGAAGGCAGGGGUAUGCCACGCACGCUGGGAUCGAGAAACUGGCCGGAUUUGAGGAAUCGCACCUUCGAACGGAUAUCCCGAAGAAAUGGAUAUGGUUUGGGUGCGUGUGUCACCGAUUCCGGCCUGGUGCUGAUGGAAAUAUACCCUUAUCGCUCGGUAGAGUUGGCUUGGGGGCUGGGGAUCUUGACACUCAACAUGUGUUUAGUGGUAGAUACGAGCAGCUGUGGCGAGGUGAUCUGGACCUUGGGCACGAUCUUUGCCUCGAGGGAUUUGGGUAUUGCGACAAGUGGGAUGGUACUUGGCCUGAGAAGUGCCAUAUCGGAAUUAUGGGCUGGCUUUUGACCUGCAGGCAAGCAUACCUGGAAGGGCUUCAUGUGCUUUAUCGCACAAACACAAUUCAAAUAUCAUCAUUACAGCUUCAUCAGAGCCUUCCAGAUAUCCUUUCUCCGACGGUUACAUCGAACAUGACUUCGUUGGAACUGGUUUGGGACCUAGCAGCACUCCCUUUUGACGACGGUUUCAUCAAAGAUAUCAAGCAUUAG